CUUUGAGAGUGUCUGUGUUGAGAGUGUCUUAGUGCCUGAGCCCGGGGAAAUGAGUUCACUCCUCCUCUGUCUGCUCUUUGCUGUCUUUUAUGCUGUGCUGAGGCUCGCCAGAUCUGAGGCUUCUCCGAGGAAGAGGAGGCACAGAGCCAAAAAGAAGAAACCGAAAGCUUUUGGGUGCUGUGCGGAAGAGCUGGAGGCUGGUGCAUCCCCAGAGACGUGCUGCCCCGUGCACCCGGAGAAGCUCCACUUGGCUCUCAGGCUGGUUGACAGGCGGGUACAGUCCAUGGCCAGACACCUGGAGGAAGUCCUGAUACCGCCGAGUGUGUCGACAUCUGCCACGAGCCAGUUCUCCUCUUCCUCUAGGGAACCCACCACCUCUGCCCUCUGGAGUCCCAGCUCCUUCUCCCUGAGAGAAGCCGCCAUGAGUCAAUCAGAGCCCCUCCGCCACACGGGGGAGAUCAUGCCUGUCGGGGGCUGGGAAGGAUCCGCUCAUCCCAUCCAAGCCCAGCCUCUCCCCAGGCCUCCUGCCCACAGCAGACGGGACCGGCGAGAGCAGACCAUGGGUCUGGACCAGACGUCAGUCCGUGGCUUAGACUUCAACAUCCGCCAGAAGCAUCUGCAGAGUCAACUGGGGGCUCCUACCCCAUACACAGAGUCGCUGGCCAAGAUGAUCCCUAACGUCCCUGCUCUGCGCCCACCGGACAGAGACCCCAGGGUGAAGCUCAACAUGAGCAGGGUCCGUUUCCUAAGCUGUGAAGUCCUGGAGGAGCUGGACUGUCACGUGCAGACAAAGAGACUCCAGCAUGAGCAGGGCUUACCCCUCACCCCCCAGAAACCCCACACAGCUCUUCUGCCUCCAGCUCCACAAACCCCCAUCCCGGGGGAGCCAUUGCUGGGGGAGCGGGACACCAAGCAGCUAUUGAUAUUAGACACAGAUCGGCCCAAAUGUGCAUUUCCAGCAGAGGUCCCGGAGCCCCUCAGAUCCAACACCAGCCCUCAGCGUGCACAGGCGAUCCAGGAGCCACGUGUCUGCCCCUCUGGACCCCUGCCUCAAAAGGCCCACAGGAUCCUGGCAUCCCCUGAUGCCAUCCUGGCCAGGCCUGUGCCCACGGUGGUGGUCAAGCUGCAGGAGCACAUUGCUCGGAAAUGCUCAGAGAUCCAAAUGGAGGCGUUCCCAAAGAUGGUGAGAGAGUCGCACAGAGAUGCUCCCCUCGUGAGAGAGACGGCAAUAGCAGAGAAGACGCUCCCAGCCACACUCCACCUCUAUAGGAGCGAGUUGAGAAAGCCCCUUACCAGUGUGAGCGGCACCAAAGGGACUGAAGAGAAGCUGGAGCUGCACAUGGAGAGGAAGGUUCUCUUGGGAGAAGGCUCCUGCCUGGGGCCAGGGGCACAGGCAGGUGAGGGCAGGGCAGAUCCUCCCAGGACCCAAAGCCACCAGGUUGCCCCAGAGGCCCCAGGCUCUGAGCAGCUAACAAGAUCCACCCUUGACUCUCUCAUUGCUGGGCAUGCUGCACAUGACCUGCAGCUGAAGCACCUGAUGGAAAUGUUGAGCAGCUCCCGCCCCUUGGCGGGCCAGGUCUCAGUCUGCCAGCGGUGCCGUAAGACAUAUCCAGGAAAGAGGAAGGGUAAGAAAACUCAGGAGGAGACAUCUGCUGAGCUGCAUGGUCUUCGAGACACCAUGGAUCCACAUGGGCUCGAUGGAACUGUGAAUUCAAAGCUCUUCAGGGAUCAGCUGCCAAUUAGAGUCUGCAAGAAGUGCAGUAAGAGACCAGCUGGCUCUGCAGGUGCUGACUUGCCCAGAAGAUCCCAUGGAAUUCCACAGCGAUGGACUCCAGGAGACUCCUCAGCAUCAUCCAACCUCAAAAAGAUGCCAGUGCUCGACGAUGCCUUUAUCAAGGCCUUUGAGAACCAACCACACAAACACAACUCCAGUUCCUCAGCGGCCACCACCACACCAAGCCCUGAGAAAACUGUGUGCGCGAAAAUGCCCAUAUUCACAAACCCGGAGCAUGCGCUCUAG